AUGGCGGGCCUUACAGAUGCCGCGUCAGCAGCAACCCCGGCAAAGGUCCAGCUCUGGGCCAGCGUAAGACUUGCCAAGUCCUGCGGAAACGAGUUUACGUAUGCCUCGCCGCUCAAUGCCUUCGGAGAGCAGCCGGGCGAAAUGGGCGAAUCUGGUGCCGCGGCCAUGGGAUGGGUCAGGAUAUAUGAAAACGAGGGCACAAGGCAGGUGUGCGAAGGCAGGAAGUGGAAGUGGAAGAGGAAGCGGAAGUGGAAGAGGAAGCGGAAGUGGAAGAGGAAGUGGAAGUGGAAGAGGAAGUGGAAGUGGAAGUGGAAGUGGAAGUGGAAGAGGAAGUGGAAGUGGAAGAGGAAGUGGAAGUGGAAGUGGAAGUGGAAGUGGAAGUGGAAGUGGAAGUGGAAGAGAAGCUCGAAGGGAAAGACGGGAUAA